AUGCAUCGUUUCAUUGCAGCCAGACGCCUAGCCUUACCCACCCAAUUAAACCUCGCCGCAGCUGGCACUGUAAGGCCCGCCUCAUCUCGCCCUAAGAAAGCACCUUCAACGCUGAGAGGCACUCGAAAACAUGAACCACCUCCAGCACAUUCGCCUUCGCCCCAUAAAGGUCGAUCGGUGUCGCCUCUGCCAGGGCAAUUCAGCCCUGGAGAUUUAGACAACGUGGUUCGACGGAUACCGCUGGAGCUUUUUCAAUCUGCAUAUCAGGAGAAGCUGACGACAGUCAGCGUGCGGGAGGCUGCUGGGAUUGCGCGGGGAUGCAUUGAGCUUGCUGAGAGCCUGCAUUCUACACAACAGCGAGUUCAAGUUUUGGAAGCAAUACAAUGUGAUCUGGACAAGAUCUCUCAGGUUCUUUUCCUCCUUCUUCGAUCCCCAUAUUUUGCACCGCUAGCAUUUUGGUUCCUACCACAAUUGGCUGCACAAGGGGACAAGAGAUCAUUGUAUUACUUAUCCCACAUCAAGUCAGAAUCGUCGCGUCCGCUUCCCUCCCCGGAUGAUGCAAAAGACCCUCUUCAGGUCGUCAUCAAUGGACAGACGCUACUAGAUAAUGGACAUUUGGAGCAUGCAGCACAGCGGUUCAAGCAAGCAAUGGAUUUGUCAAAGCCUGUGGAAGCACCGCAUAGCUUUGAUGCUCUGUUCCCCACCAAGGUCCGUCAUCCCUGGGACGCCUAUGGUUCAUUAAUGGCAACAUUAGGGAAACAUGAGGAAGCAAAGGAAGCUUAUACCAUAGGUGCAACUGUGUACGACCAUCCACGAGCCUACAAAUUAUUACUCUCGGAAACCCUAAAGUCGGGUGACUUUGUCAAGUAUGAGGAAUAUCUUACAAAAGUAGCAAUGGGCAACGAUGUGGCAGCUUGUUACCAACUCGGAAACCUAUACCUUACUCUGCACCUGAUGCACGGAGGUCGUGGGGAAGGGGAGCCUGCUCAAAACAAAGAUGAGAUGCUACUUAUGUCACGGUAUGGGAAGGAUGAUAGUCAGCAACUAGCUGCCGAAUGGUACGAGAUCGCCGUUGCCGGCGGUCAUACACGGGCAGCCCUCGUCAUGGCUGGGUUGCUGCGGCAGCUAAACAAAAAGGAGGAAGGGUUAAAAUAUUUGCAGAUUGCGGAGAAAAGUUCAGACUACUCUGAACUGGCUGCAAAAUUACGUGGGUCGUGGCAUGAUGCGCAGUUUACUGUUGAUUUGACAGAUUUAAUGGGGUCAUGA